GUAGCCGGUCCGUCCCCAAAUUGCGUCCGUUCCGAGGAGCGAUCAGACUGGUGCAAAUUCAUCUCAUGCAUUCAUCUCUGAUUCAUAUAGCGUCUAGCUCGACGUCCCGACACGCCGACCGAGAGCUGCAGCCGCCGCGCUUUAAUAUCCUUUGAACUGAGAGCGGACUCUCAUUAAAGACGACCGAGCGCCGCUGGGAAGGUUUAUUGGGGUUUGAUCAGCGCUAUGGCGGAGGUGCCAGGUACAUCGAGUGAGACGAUAACGGAGACCGUUCAGACGGGCACGCCGCCUCCACCCCAGCAGGAGGGCAGAAGCCUGACCAUCAAGCUCAGGAAAAGGAAGACGGAGAAGAAAGUGGAGUGGUCCAGUGACACGGUGGACAACGAGCAUCUGGGCCGGAGGUCUUCAAAGUGCUGCUGUGUUUAUGAGAAGCCUCGACAGUUCGGCGAGUCUUCCUCGGAAAGCGAGGGGGACGACGAGGAGGGCUGCGGAAGCGCGCACUGCAUUCUGGGACAUGGGAGAAGAGGCCACGGACAGAGGGAGGGUGGAGGGAGCACGACGCCCCCUAGCUCCGGGGGAAAGAACCCUCACUAGAGCUUGACACGAGCGGGAGGGAAGGGUAACGGACGGCGUGGGCACUACAUUCAUAAUCCCUCAUCCUCACUCACAUCCGAUUACAUCACGCCAUCACUGGGUGUCAAAAGCUUUUUGAUGAAUGAAAGCUUGUAGAGCAAUGCAACGUGAUUCGUUUUCUCCUCGGUCAUUUGCGUAAUGACCCAAAAGAGGGAUAAACCCUUUUUUUUUUUUUUUGCGAUCUGAAUGCUGCAGAAAAUUGAUGUUUGUUGUACAUAGGACAUUGGUUUUUAUUUCUUUUGUAAAAUCGGUAUUUAUUCGUCUCGCGUUUAACAACUUGAUCUUAGUUUCGUGUUCACGAGCAACGUUUUAACGGAUUUAAAAUAUGAUUCAGCAGGGUUAGAGCUUCUAGUUCGGAUUUGAAAGGAAUGAAUGCAGUAUAAUAAAAGGAUUUAUUUUCUUUUUAAUCAAACAUGGUUUGCCUUGCGGUGUCACAAUUCUAGCAGCAGUAUUUCUUCAUAUCACUCGAUCGUUCGAGGAACUUCAAACGUAACGUGUGUCGUGUGCU